AUGGCGACAGGCGAAAAUACGGGAGAAACCGCGGAGAUUACACUAAAAACAAAACUAAUUCAACUUGGGAGAGCUAGAGGUAAGUCGGAUAACGUUUUAAAAGGAGGUAAAGAACAUGUAAUUCGAAGACAUAUCGAAACUUUAAAAGAAUCGCUAACAGAAGUGAGCAAAUGGCAUAGAACUGUCGAAGCCGAGAAAAUUACAUCGAAGGAAGAAGUGAGCGAGAUCGAUCAAUGGAGCAACGAAAUAGAAAAGCAUAUAGAAGCAGCAGACCAAACAAUAGGGCUUCUCGAACAGUGGUUAAACGAUACACAAGUCAAACGUGAAGAUCAACAUCGACAAGAGCGUAUGAAUUUCGAGCUUAAACUUGAAGAAGCAAAAAUUAAAUUGAAAGCAGAACACAAGAAAGUGGAAGCACCAUCGA